GAUGGAAAUAUUUACACAUUCACGGAAUUAAUUGAUAACAUUUCUGCUUUGCUUGUAGAAUUAGAAUUCUUUGAUGAAAAUUUUGGUUUUUCCGAUCGAUUUUUAUCAAAAACCUCAUUAUUGCUUCCUGAUCAUUUUGAAGAG